AUGCAGGAUGUCGAUGACUUCCCGCGCCGCCUGCCUCUUGUCGUCCUGCGGCGGCAUCUUCUCUCUCUCUCUUCUCUAGCAGGUCUCUUGUCUCUUCGUGUCUGUCUUUUCUUCUUCUUCUUCUUCUAUCCUGUCUCUUCCACUGUCUUCAUGUCUCAUGCCGACGACGCCAAGCAAGAGAAAGAGAAGACGGAGACCACGAGGCAAAGAUCCUCGACCUGCGCAGCCUCAGCCAGGAUGCCGCCGCCGCCGUCCUCGCCCAGGUCGCCCGCAUCGAACGCCGCACUUUCCCCCCCUCGGAGGCCCUGA